CUAUCCAGGCAGCGACGGUUGUAGUAGUCGAAGCUGAAAAUAGCCAGCUAGCUUUGCUUCUCCCGUCUAAAUCUAACUUAACGUCGACGAUAAGUUAAAAUGCUGGACAUGAAUCCAUAUUCAUGAAUGCGCAGAAGACAUUUGCUGGAGGAAACUAUGGAAGACUGAGAGACGGGAGACAUUUUAUCGGCGAAUUUUUGCCGGCUUUUCGGCCAAACCACCAGCUUAAACUGCCUUCGCAAAAAAGCUUCUGCCUCUCCACGGAAGUCGUGGUUGGAAAAUACGGUAAAUUGUCGGGUUUUGAAUGUGUAUUAUAUGUUUUGACGCCAGUUUAAGUUGUGAGAUCAAUGUCAACGGUCGCUUUGCUCAGCUGGUUGUUUGGAUACCGCACGCGGGGUUUCUGUGCUGGUUACCCGGGCUAGAGCGGCUAACUAGCCCGCCAGCUUUAGCAGCCUUGGCGUUUCGAUCUCUUCAGAGUUUACCGGUCAAGGUACAAAGGGGCAGCGUGGUGUGAGUCCCCAUGAGAAAACCACGACGGAGGGGAGGCCUGCCCGGGGCCCAAAGUGAUGCCGCGGACACAGGUACAGCUGGUAGAGGGGCGUCACAGCCACGCUCGCUCUCUCCCUACCAGCUGAAGGUUUCACCCACCAGAGAAACCCUAACGUACGCCCAGGCUCAGAAGAUUGUGGAGGUGGAUCUGGAUGGAAGACUGCAUCGGAUCAGCAUCUUCGACCCCUUGAUGGUGAUCACUGAAGAUGAAAUGACAGCUCAGGACAUUGCUGAGUGCAACAGCAACAAAGAGAACAGCGAGCAGUCAUCGGUGACCACCGCUGUCAGCUCCCCGCGACGAUCGGGAGCCCAUAAGGGGAAAAAGAAAGACGUGAAGCAGUUGUCAUCGUCUUCAUCACAGAACCACAGCUCCAACUGUGGACAGUCUCAGAUGAAUUCGAGCGUGAACAGCCACCAAGGCACCUUACCCAAACCCACUUUCAGAGAACAAGAGUCUUAUGAACCAGUCGAGGUGCCUCCUCGCCCUUCGGCAUAUUACCGUUACAUUGAGAAGUCCGGUGAAGAGAUGGAAACGGACGCGGAGUAUGACAUGGACGAGGAGGACGUGGCCUGGUUGGAGCUGGUAAACGAAAAACGAGUGUCAGAAAGCCAUCCGCAAGUGUCACCCGACACUUUCGAAAUCCUGAUAGAUCGCCUAGAAAAGGAGUCGUUCUUAGAGUUGCGAAGCCAAGCGCCCUCACAGAGUAUCAUCGACGAAGACGCCUUCUGCUGCGUCUGCCUCGACGAUGAAUGUCUCAACAGUAACGUCAUCCUGUUUUGUGACAUCUGCAACCUGGCGGUGCACCAGGAGUGUUACGGCGUUCCCUACAUCCCUGAGGGCCAGUGGCUCUGCCGCUGUUGCUUGCAGUCGCCCUCUCACCCCGUGGACUGCGUGCUUUGCCCAAAUCGGGGCGGAGCAUUUAAACAAACCAGCGACGGGCGAUGGGCACAUGUGGUCUGUGCUAUUUGGAUCCCGGAGGUGUGUUUCGCCAACACAGUCUUCCUUGAGCCCAUCGAGGGCGUAGACAACAUUCCACCUGCUAGGUGGAAGCUAACAUGUUACCUGUGCAAGCAGAAAGGUUGUGGAGCAUCCAUUCAGUGCCACAAGGCCAACUGUUACACGGCUUUCCAUGUAACCUGUGCGCAGAGAGCUGGACUCUUUAUGAAAAUAGAGCCGGUCAGAGAGACUACUGUGAAUGGGACUACGUUUUCAGUGAAAAAGACUGCGUUUUGUGAGGCGCACUCUCCGCCUGCGAAGGACGGGUCGGAUGAUGAAGAGACCGGGGGGAGAGUUUUGGGGUGUCGGGCUAACAGGGGUCGCAGUGCCUACACACAAACGCCACAGCUCAAGAAGCAGAAACGAAGCAAUAAACUGGAUUCUAAGCAGCAGCAGAAGAAAGGAAUGAAAGAAGAGGUGUCAAAAAAAGUCACAACGCCUUUGAUCACUGUCCCAGAAAUACCUACUCACAGAUUGAACAAAAUUUCUAAAGAUGUGAUCAUACAGAAGAAGAAUCAGUUCAUGCAGAGACUUCACAACUAUUGGUUGCUUAAGCGUCAGUCACGCAACGGAGUGCCUCUCAUUCGUCGUUUACAUUCACAUCUGCAGGGUCAGAGAAGUGUUGAACAGGUGGAGCCAGAUGAAAAGCUGAAUGCUGUGAGAGAAGAGCUGAAAUACUGGCAGAAGCUUCGUCACGAUCUGGAGCGAGCGCGACUCCUGAUCGAGCUUAUUCGCAAGAGAGAGAAACUGAAGAGAGAUCAGGUAACAUGCUGAAAUGUUACAUAUAAU